GCUAAUGUACAUAAAAAGUGAUAAGCGUCGUUAUUAUUGGCGCACUUAUGACCCACUAGUGCGUGAAGUGUGAUCCCUGUUCUGAAGACUACGAGGGAGAAAUCGAAAGAGAGUUUGUUUUGCGAAGUCCACAAAACCUGACUGUAAGAUGUCAUUGUGUUUGCUUUAAACAAAUCAAAGAUCUUUUGGGAGCGAAAUAAUUCUCAUGAACUAUUUAUCUGAAACAAUAAGUUUUAAGUGAUUGGUUGAAUUACAUUUAUCCUGGAAAUUUAUGCACAGCAUAAUUGAUCAGCCCAGUUGACCCUCGUGAUUAGCGACACAUCGGUUGUACAACGAUGGCGUCUUCCGCCCAAGGAAAUGGAAAUAAAGUACAAGACGAUCCAAAGGGUAAGUAGUCUUUAAAUUUACACAUUUCUUUCGGACUCUUUUAAGAUUUUCUCUCCUGUAUUCUCACUGGGGCGUUCGUUUGUCAUUCUAUGGUUCAAUGGUUCUGCUUUCAUAUGUGCAACGAUAAAUUCUCGUCAGCUCAGUUUUUGUACUGUUAUUGAGUACAAGCUGUCGUAAAGCACAGAACUCGUGCAACGUCACCCUGUUCUUAUACUCUCUUGAAAAACAUUUAUUCGGCAAUGGUUACAAUGCUUGCGUGCACAAUUAGAAACGAAUUCAGUAAGAUUUAAGCAACGCCAACAGACAUGGGCAAAUAUCUGAGACGUCAAAGCUUCUUAGGAGCGAAAAUUGUACGAUUUACUUUUCUUGUGAAUUACCUUGAUUUAAAUUCCGAAACUCAGCGGAAGAAGUGGUAAAGCUUAACCAAAGCUUAACCAAAGAAUUAAAUAUUCACUAAUAUCAUUGAAACGGAAAUGCAUUUUUAUGGCGAAGUGAUGUUUCUGAUAUCAACACAUUAGCAAUCAUUAGAGCUCCUGGUGGUUGAUUCAGGGUAUUUUUACAACAUUUAUUAACUUCCCAUUAACAGAAAGUGCUUAUCUGUGUAGAUGCUUCUAGUGCUGUUCUGUAAAGCUCUCCCGAAAGCGUAAAAAAAUGAGCAAUCAACAGACCGAAAUGUAAAUUUCGCGCUUGACACACUUGAAAGACAGCAAUUAAUUUUGUCACAUAAUUUACCAUCCCAGAAGGGUUUAAGUCAAACUAUUUUCGUAUUUUAAUUUGUUUACUGAUGAAUGAUUGAAUCUAUUGAAUAUUGAUAAUUUGUUCUCUAUCUGCAGCCGAAAACUUGAAACUUCUAGCUGACGUAAACGGUAAUUAUAAGUGUAAUAAUAAUAAUUUGUUUUACUUUAAAUUGGUUAUGGGAUUUUCAAGGUGUAACGAAGGGAAUGCGUGGGAGAGACAGGUGGUAGAGAAAGCCAGUUGAUCUGCAUUCGUUCACGGCAAACAAUUUAAAUUGAUAUCUGUAAUCUAAGCUAUCAUUUCCAGGGUUGAAAAGAGUUCCUUCAAAACAAACAAAAAAACAAAACAAAACAAAACAAAACAAAACAGAAAAACUGGAGGAAGCAUUAUGAAAGUGUUGACUUGAAGGGCUCUAAUCUUAUGUCAAUCUUGCGUGAGGGAAAUGGAAAUCUUGUGUCACGCAAGGGACUUUCCUGAAGCGCUAAAGAAAGAUUAUAACGCCUGGCGAUUUUUAUUCAAAUGCAAAUAUAUUGGCUCAUUGUCCAGGAAGGACUUCGACGGAUCUGGGAGACGUGACGUAGAAAAAAAGCCGAGCAAAGAAAGCUGCUCAGUUAUUCAAAAGAUUUUGUCUGAAGUGGUUUAUAAAUAAUUUAUUCACAAUUUGAUUCGUAAAGUGUGUCUUGGAAAUGGCGGACGAAGAAGAUGGUAAGCAUUUGCGACACGUGGGGUUGUUGUAGUUCAAAGAAUCUUAGAAGAGAAACAGGCUUGUUACUGUUAAUCUGCUGAUUGAAAAGAAAUGUACACUUUGGUUUUGUUUUCUGACUUAUUUUCGCAACCGUGGCGUAUCGUGUAAAGGAAAGAGAAAAUCCAAAAUUACAUUUCAGAUGCAAAAUGCGUUGGUUUUUCAGCUGAACGAAACGUCGCAGGUUUUUGCAAACGUUAGUCUUCGAGAUGGUUUACAACUGAACGAAAAAACGGGUCAGGCGUGUUAGAACUUGACCCGCGGACUAAAUUCGCCUUCUCGGUCAGCGAAAACGUGUUUACCUCUGGCGAAAAUCAUGAACUUUAAACUUGUUCACCGCUAUUUGCUGUACGAUAACCGCAUUACCUCAAUGGGUGCUGUUUAUUUGAACAGGUCAUAGUUUACAACUCACUGGUUCAUGCACACUGUUGUUUUCAAUUUAUUACGCCAUUUUAGUUUGGCAGUCGGUCACGUAAUUUAUUCAACAUGUCUUGUUUUUAACGCAUUUUGCUGGUGAUAAUGUUGUCGUUAUCCUGACUUGAACCGUCUUUCAGGAAAGACGUGCGAUUGAUUUAUUUGUCAGUAAUAUAGAUUCUGGUCGAAACUUGGAAUUUGUCAAUAUAAGAAUACCUGAACGCGCCCCCACUAAAGUUAGGAUUUAGAGGGAGUUUAUUGCGGGUGUCUUUGAGGUGGUUCAUAAGCAAAUAUUUUCAGAACGUUCUUGGUAACCAAACCGAGUAGCACCUCCUAUUUGGAAUUUGUUUGAGUGAGAUAAAAAGCGAUGAUGGAGAAGCGCUCUUUUUGUACUCUUCUGAGCAAAGUAUAGCUGUUCAAAAUUUCACUGAAAGCGAGAGGAAAAGUUCGAAUUUCAACAUCGGUCAUUAGUUAUGGUCACGAAUGUGUUUUCAGAGCCUUUUGGAUUUUGGUAGUUUUCGCUGAUAUGAAAAUUCAAGCCAGUUAAUUGGACAACUUCAGGAUCAUAAACAUUUGUCAACACCUGUGCAGGAUGUCAGAUAGCUGGCUCUUCUUGUUCUCAUCUGUAUUUGUCCACUUUUAGACAUCAGACCUUUGUUGAGUGGGUUCUUGAUGAAGGGAGUUUUCUGCAUGAUGUAGUCUAAAUGAUAAUGAGUGUCCAUUGUUACUUUCAAGAGAUUCGUUUCCUAAAAAAACAAAACGCGGUCAAAUGACCUUUAAGUAUUGACAUAAAUGCAGGAUUUUUUUCCUUUCAGUCUUGAACUGAAGGACUUUUUAUUGUUUAAUAAUAUUUUUGAGACCAAAAUGCUAUAAUAUUUAUAAUUAUUCAAUGUUUUUUUGUCUGUGUUGGUUAUGCCAUCUGGAUAAGCUUCUGAUAGUCAGUUAUCCCCCUAAAGCACACACAGUCAUUCUUUCCUACAGACUGAUAUCACCAUUUUCACUACCACAUGACUUUCAAGAUAAAAUUUGAAGUUGAUUUAUCCAAAGGGAAAGUCACUUCAUCAAAUUAAAGUGAUUAAAGGCCAUAAUGGUGGCAUUCAUGCAUAAAUUGUCUGUCAAAUCCUGAAAAUUAGAGUUCUACUUGCUAUGCGGGUCACACUUUCCUUUGAUUUAUUUCACUUUUAUUAUAAACUGGUAUAUGGCAGUGAAUUCUUUAUUUUUAAAAUUAUUUGUUAAUUUAAAGUAAGUUAAUUUACAUGAAAUGAACAGAUGCUGAAUAUUUGUGUAUACAAGUUAAUGUUAAAACCAUAUUCUUAAAUUUCCUACAACUGUCCAGUGUUUUCCACAUGUAAAGAAUAUUGCUUUAUUUUAAUCCAACAUUUUGAAUCCCUCUUUUAAAGGAAAGAAAAACAAAACUACAUUCAAAGGACCCAUUUCAGACAGGUAUUUAGAGUUGUAAUGAUAUAGAGUUGGACCUCUCUAAUAUGGACACUGAUGGGACAGAGGGUUAUGUUGAUGUGAUGGAGUUGUACAUUUUACAGAGGUCACUUGGGUGGUGGCAACAUUGUAACCCCUGACAAAUUUUGAAGUGUUGGGUAACUGAGAAGAAGCAUACACCCUGCUGCAAAGUUUUUUUAAAGACAUUUUCCAAAAAGGAGAACAAAACAAACCACAACCCAGUGGAAAAUACAUACUGUGCAUUUUGUUUCUUAAUGCUUAGCUCCAGUGAAUUAAAGGAAGAUGUUUAAGUUCUUCAUAUAGGAAAUUUUAUCACAUGCACAAAUUUAUAUAUCUCCUUAUCAGCAGAAUAGAUGCAAAAUAGGUAAAGGGUUUAAUGAUAUUUGUUAUCCUGGGUUCAAAAUUCAGUGUUGGUUAUUGUCAUGUCACAGGGUCUGUAUUCGAAUAAAGAAAGGAUGGCCUGCAUUGCAUGAUAGUUUUGAAAAGCACCAUGAAAUGGCUGGUUUUUUUUUAACAUAUUGCUUCAUAAGGUGCAAGAAUAAGGAGCUUAAACCCUUGUCCUUAUAUUUCUGAGGGUAGGAAUAUCUAAUUAUGUCCAUAAACCCUGAUUAUUUCUCAAAUCUAACUUUAUGAACUCUUUUGUUAUCUUAUGUUUUGUGUAGGUCAUGCACGGACAUUCCCUGCUGUAUUCUGUUUGUGGCAUAUAUUGUUGGCAUGGUUGUUGUAGGAAUUAUUGGUAAGCAUGGAGUGGAAAAGUUUUCAGUUUUACUGUUGGAGUUGUAAUGGUUUUUCAUCAUAUAUUUAUCCAUGUGUUUUGACAUAAAGACCUGUUAUACAAAAAAAUUUGCAAAUUCUAAAUUUUGUUCUUUACGUUUACACUCUAUAGCUUUCAAAGAAGGAGAUCCUGAUAGACUUCUGUUGCCACAAGAUUCGCAAGGUAUUUGAGUGCUCAAGAAAUGAAAUUUUAAUUUUCAUCUAGAGCUGAAGCCAUGGGUGGUGGAUCAAACAUGCACCUGUUAUCAUCAUCAUCACUAUCAAUAACACAUUAGUCAACAUGUAAAAUAAUAUAACAAGAUUCUUUACAUCAAAAUUUUAAUUUUCAUCUAGAGCUGAAGCCAUGGGUGGUGGAUCAAACAUGCACCUGUUAUUAUCAUCAUCACUAUCAAUAACACAUUAGUCAACAUGUAAAAUAAUAUAACAAGAUUCUUUACAUCAAAAUUUUAAUUUUCAUCUAGAGCUGAAGCCAUGGGUGGUGGAUCAAACAUGCACCUGUUAUCAUCAUCAUCACUAUCAAUAACACAUUAGUCAACACGUAAAAUAAUGUAACAAGAUUCUUUACAUUGACUUUUGCACCAAGUACUAACUAGUAUAAUGCUGUAGAAUGAUUAUUCUUCUGGAGAUGAUGUGAAAUUGUAACAUUCUAUGUCUUGGAAUUACUCUUUUGCAGGAAACAUUUGUGGAAAAGAUAACUAUGUGUAAGUUAAUGAAUGAAGUGUAUUGUGUGUAGGGUGAGAACGUCACUCAUUAGAAGACAAGGUUAGGAGACUAGAAUGUCUUGGAAAUUAACCUUUUAAUAAUUGUUGGGUAGUUAUUAACCAGUUCAUUCCAUUUGUCAGCUCUCAUACUAUUUUCAUAAGGGGAGAUGGAAAAAUGUGAAAGAUAUCUUUCUUUAUAUUUGUGGCCUUGACAGAACUACACUUUUGGCUUGAAGGUUUUUUGUAGCUGAAAAUUGAUAGAAAAAUUGUUUCAGCAACAUAAGGCAAGUUUUGAAAGGAGACUUGCACAUGUUUUAUCUGAAUUUUGUUGUGGUUUGGUGCAUGUGAGAUGUGAGACCCCUCCCCCUUCCCCCUAACUCUUUUGCCUUUUUAACUUUCAACAAAACAUGGUACCAGAAUGCACCAUGGAGAUGGCAAAUAUGUCUUACUGUAAUUGUUGAGCUGUAGCCUGGACUAAAUGUUUUGAACCAUUUUGUUGAAAAAUCAAUAGUUAUGAUGUUCUGUUGCUAACCAUUCCCUCAACAAAGUAGCUUUAAAAGUUGACAGUUUCACCCAAAAUGAAUGGAAAUUCAAUAUUAGAUAUAAGCUCAAAAAGACAUCUUAAUUGCCUUUAAUUUAAGUGCUUUGAUCAAAAGUUUUUUCCAAUACACACGCUUCAAUUUUUUGACUCCCUCUUUUCUUCUAUCUUCUCUUUCUAGGGAUAAAAAAUAUCUGCUGUUCUUUGACAUCAGUACUUGUGCCACAAAGGGUGGAGACUUUACCAAAUAUGUUACAGUUCCUUCAUGUCCCACUCCACAGGUGAUUGUUGUACAACUUACUGUUCAUCAGCCUAAGGGUUUUUGUUAACCCUUUAACUUCUUAGAGUGACUAGCAUCUAAUUUCUCCUUACAAUACCAACUAAAGCAGCUCUUGAUUGCUACAAUUAUUCUCCUUGACAGCACCAUAGGAAAUGCGUAGAGACAAGUGUGGAGAAUAUGCAUACUGAUGUUAGGGUGUAAAUGGUUAAAGGAGAAAUAUGUCUCAAAUCCAUUUGUCUCUGCUUUUGAAAAAUAUUAACUGCUUAUCACAUUUGGGAUUAUAACAUAUCAAUAAGCCAACUAUUGGUAAAUUGUCUUCAGAUGUGGCAAAAAUUCUUGUGGUGAUUCUGCCAACCUGAUUGCUCACAAAAUCACAACUUGCAGUUCACAACAACAUAUAGUUGCUGCGGAUAAUGUGUACUAUAGGUAUUGUCAACCAAUAUAUUGGCCAAUAUAUCAACCAAUAGAUUGACUAUCCGCCAAUGUAUCCCCUGAUGUAUCUUUUCAAUGUUGCUUACUAUAUUAGUCAAUUGUUUGUUAAAAGACAGAUCCACUAUCCAUCAAGACUUGGUUGAUAUGUUGACUGAAAGGUGGUUGAUAUGUGGCGUGUGGAGUGUUGCUGGUUUUGCCAUCAGAUUUUAGUGAUCUCUUGGUCAGGUGUUGGCAAUCUAUUGGUCACGUGUUGGUGUAUUGGUGGUCAGAAAUUGAUAGAUAACUAUUCACAGCCUAUUCUGGCAUAUAGCACAUGACAAUUCUUGACAGACUUAAAUCUUAACUUCUUCCACUGACUACCUUAGUCUGGAAAAUUUCCUCUUCCAUAGUAAAAUCAACAUCAUCCAUGAUCUGUAAAUGAACAAAUGCAACACAACAUCAACUCUAUUUGCCAUAAAAUGCUCCUCACAAAACCAAACAGAUCCAUGCAAAUUUGUGUGUGAUAGUAAUAAAGAAGAUCAUAUGCACAAUUAGAAACUGUGAAAAAAAAAAAAAAGAGUUAUAGCUCUUGGAGACAUUUUUUCAACUUUCAUUAACCUUUCCAGUGAUUCUUAUUUCAUUUGUUGCAAAGUGGCUUGACCGUCAGUGAAGUAUAUAUCAACAUGCAUCAAUGUUGACAGACCUCAGACUGACAAUUGGCAGGCUUUUGAUUGAUAGUUGAUUUGUAUUUGGUGAGGUGUCAGUGAAGCAUCAGUGACACAUCAGUGAAGUAUAGACAUUUUUCAACUGAGAUAUUGAAUAACUCGUGACUGAUAUGUACUGACCAACUGUCAACCAAUCACCAAGUGCCUUUCAAGCAACUAUUGACCAACUAUCUGUUGACCACCAUAUCAACCACUACAUUGACUGCUAUAUCGACCUGAUACUACCUAUAGUACACUUGAUCCAUUAGUGCUCUGGUUAGAACAAAACAGUCAUAAUCAUAGCAAUAAUGAGCGAGAGGGAGAUGUCUGUUGAAACUUCUUAGUCUUUUGGUAGCUCAUAAAAAUAUUAUGGUUUAUUAUAACUUGAUGUUAAAAUGUUUUAAUCAAAAGUAACUUGAACAAUUUUUCCUUUGUUCCAAGAACAGUGCUGUAGUCCUUAAACAUACAUAUUGAACUUAAGUGAAAUAAUUUUGACUUACAAGAUAAACAUGUACAAUAAUCUCGAAGAGUAAAAUCAUUACUUGUCAACAAGUCUUAAUUAUUUCUUCUUACUUGUAUUUUUUAUGAUCCUUUCUGUCCAUUUGGUAGGUUUGUGUUAAAUCUUGUCCAGGGGAAAAUAAGCUAGGGUAUGACCCAGAACCAAGUGAUAUGGUCUGCAAAGAAGGAGUUGAGACUGUUACCAAGGUAAUGUUACAAAAACACAAAAAAAAUUAUAAGUUUUGAAAUUGUUAACUUAACUAUUUAUUCCAGAGACUGUUGAAAAAAGAUUAUAGGACAUGUAUCUUGUAUAGCAACAUUGGGCUAAUGAUUUUUUAAAUUUAGAUUAAGAUUAUCAUCAGUAGUUAGUCUGGAAAUAUAGAAUAAAUUGCAUAGCUCCUAAGAACUAUUCAUCCUCAUUUGAAUAUUGAGAGACCACUUUUGAAUUAUCCCAUGGCUAAUGGGAUAAGUAUUUCAAGUAUUAUACAUGUAUGUGGAGAUAAUUCUCUGCCCUUUGUAGAUCUAUUUGCAUUAUGCAAUUGUGUGUCGGCCUUUGUUUUUGGACCAAAAUUGUGGCCUCUCAAGGUAUGGAUCUGCCACUGAUUGGAACCCUGAAUUUACUCCUUUUUGAAAGAUGGCAAUCAUGGGCCUCUUUUCCUGAUCAGUAAUAAAUCACUGGUAUUGACUGAUGCAGGAAACUAACCAAAGGAUGGCGGGUUGAGCCAGCUCUUGGAGAUAGUCCUAAUAAAUCUCUUCAAUAAAUUGUGGUGUAAUCAUAAUUAAUCCUUUUUCUGUUAAUGAAAAUAAGCUAUCUUUGCCUAAUGAGGAUAGAUUUCUUUGGGCAUGUUGAAUCACCAUCAUUAUAAGGAAAAUCAAAUGGUAUAUGGAUUGGUAAAGAGCAAUUAACUUAGCAAACAAAUUUAACCUAAUUUUUCAAAAUGCACAAAUUGUGACUGGGCCAUUGGACACCCACCUAUACCACUGAGAUAUAUUUAAUGUCUGUCUUUGUAAGGAAUAACUCUGUUAUUUUGUUGUGGUAAUCAAACUGGUUCUUAUUUUAUGAUCAUAAUUUUUACAGAGCAACAGAAAAGAAUUGGUCCUACAAGGAAAAUGUGCACCAUACUAUUUGGCUUCAAAGCCAGGUUAGUUCACUUACCAGGCAUAUUCCAGUUGGUCCAAAGCUGCAAUAAGUUAUGCAUCCCAAAGCACCUAUCUUCCACAGUUCAAUAGAAACUUAUUUGAAUAGUAGUAUUAAUUUUGUAAUCAAUUCCAUAAAGAACCCAUUAAAAUGUCUCUUGUACUCAAGAAAUAACUUCUUUAACUGGAAUUAAUUGUGAGGAUAAAAUUAACUUAGCCAUUCCACUUCCAAGAUCUCAUUGGUAAUUCUCCUGAUUUUCUGCUAUAAAAUUGUGAUACAAGUUUGAUAUUAGUUCAGAGAAUGUGGUAUUGGAUGGACUAAAAAUCCCCUAAUGUACAAUUUUCUUUAUUCUUAUCACUUGUCUGCUUGAUAUUGUAUUGAUAUUAUAAGGAAAAUUCUUAAAAGGUCUUAUUCACACAUAGGAGUUGAAAGGUUGAAACUCAUGUCCCUACGUUGUCUUGCUAUGUUUUGGUUACAUUUAGGAAUGUUUAAAAUGGCAUUAGUUCUGUGAGCUUUACUUCAGAUACCACUGAUUCUUGUGAUUUUACAUCUGUUUAUAGUUUUGUAUCGAUGCAUACCAACCUUGGCAACUGACUUGCUUGCCAACAGCUCAUUCAUAACAAAUCUUGCUGGAAAUAACAUAACCAAAUCAGUCAUUGAAGCUGGAUUACAGUGAGUUCACAGUUUAUAUCAAUGAUUAUUUCCCUUCUGGUAUUACCAGCAUUUCUUGAACUCGUUAUUUCAAGUGAUUUGUUUUCAUAAAUAUCAUCUUUCAAGACUUCAUUUUUUAUGCACAAGAAAGUACCGCUCUAAGAUGAUUCCUCAAUACUGCACCAUUUACCUUGCCUUGCACAUUUUGGCCAUAACAAAUAGCUAUAAAAAAAGUGUGUACACAAGAUUAGAGUCAGACAAUUUUAUUUCAAAAUAAGUUUUGUCACUAUCAGACUGGUCCUUUGUCACAUGUCCCUAAAUGACAUGUUGAUUACUUAAAGCCUAACAUACACAUUUGAUGUCCAUUUGUUAAUUGUUUUAUUGGUAAUUUCUCUCCUUAACUCCAUAUCCUUCAAAGAUUAAGAAUUAGAAGCCAGUGGUAACUUUGUUUUGUAUAUUAACAAUCUAUGGAUCCAUCUAAGGUUUUGAUAUUUUAUAAUUUGACAAAACAUUUCAAAUUAUUGUAAUUGUUUGUAGCUUCACUCUAAACUAUCAUUUUCCAUGUUUUUUUCAUUUUCAGAGGCCUUCAAUUUCUUUUAAAUGCACAAAAUUUUGGAAUGUCGGUAUGUACAUGUUUGUCAGCAUAGAGGAUAAAAAUUAGCUUUUCAAUAAUAACUGUUUUUAAUAUUAUUAUUAUUAUUAUAUUAAUAAUAAUUUUAUUAUUUUGUUUUAAGGUAAUCGUAGGUUGUAAGUUUGUUCUGUUUUGUCUUUUUAUUAUUUGUUUAGAUAUUUGAGGACAUUAAAGCUGUAUGGCACUGGUUGUUAAUGUGAGUCAAACAUUUCCAAUGUGUAAUAUGUUGUAUGUCAAUGAUGAUUCUUUUUCCAAUACCUCCUUUUACUAGUUCAGGUGCAAGUGUGAUCAUGGGUUACUUUUAACUGCUACAUCAAGCUGUAAUUUGUUGCAAUUGAAAAUAUAAAACCAAAUUGAAUUUAUACGUUAUCAUCAGUUUUGAUAGACAUGUUGGUAUCAUGAUUGUUAAAUAUAAUUUAGUUUGUUAUUUAAUGGUGAUAUUUAUUGUAUCCAGUUUGACAAACAAGCUUUAAAAAUAUAUAUCUUGAAUAAUAUGUUUUUCUUUCAGAGGGAUGAUACUGGUUUUAGUACUUGCAUUUAUCUACAUUCUCAUCACAAGGUAUUACUUUAGUCAGAUGGUGUUUCACAGUGAUAUUGUUUGUUUCAUUAUUAUCAUUGUUAUGAUACUGAUAAGGAAAUCAUAAUCAUUAUUGUUACUACUGUUAUCAUUCUUUUACUUGUUGUUAUUAUUACUACUAUUACUACCAUUAUCAUUAUUAACCAUGAAUGUCCAUGAGAUGACCAUGGUUGUCAGGUAGUUAGUCAGAAAUUACUUUCUGGACAAGUUUAAGCCCUAUCUAGCAAGGUUUAACCUCUUAGAUGGAAUAAGCUGCUGAACCACAAAAAAGAUAAUAACAGAAUACAAUUAAAAAUGAUUCUUAAUAAAUUUUAGCUAGGGCUGGUUAAAUGUUGGUGUGAAUAUGUCUUUAAGGUAACAUUUAAAUAAGUUUGGGAGAAAAAAAUUAUCGUUAUAAUGUACAAUUUGGAGAGUUUCAUGGUUGUUCAUUUAAGUGUGGGCCCUGUCCAACAGGGUUUGAUCUCAUUAAUUGUAUGUGCAGGGGAAAAAAUUUAGACCAGGCUCUCAGGUAUGGCUAAUGUGAUACAUCAUUUUCCAAGGAGUCCAACAGAAAUGGUUUAAACUAUUUUAAGGUUCAUUCAUGGAUAUCGGUGAUUAAAUUCAUUUACAAAGAAAAUCAUAGAAAAUGAUGUGAAAUAUGAGGUGGAGAAAGUCCAAGUUAUGCUGGUCUUGAAAAAUGUAUAGUGAUUUGAAAAAUCACCAUGGCCUUGAACUUUACAGAGGGUAAGGAUAGGGCUGAUAAAUGUUACAACUUUUGUGUUGCAAGUAUUAAAUUUUCUAACCUGAAGUAUUUGAAGAUGUUGAAGGUAUUUUUUAUUUUUACAGAUGGAUAACAGGCCCUCUCAUCUGGUUCAGCAUCAUUGCUGUCUUUGCCUUGAUUAUUUAUGGUAUAUUUUUAGUCUCAGUUUGUUUAAUUGUACCCAGAACUUGUAUUCGUAUAUGUGCUUGUUUAUAUGUAAACCUUAUACAAUGGUUUAACAUUAAUUAUGGAUCCAAGAUAUUUUUGCAGGUUGUGCCACUCUUUUCUGAGUUUUGUUGGGGCAAGUAAAGUACAGGCAUUGAGUAAAAUGUCUGCUUGUAUUACAUGUUAAACCAUUGAAUAAGGAAAUUAUAUUAUUUCAUUAUUAUUUUAUUUUCUCAUAUUUCUGCUUCUAGUUUCAAAAUACAUCCUACUGCCUUAUUCCAGUAUGGUAUCAAUGGCAUAAAGUGUGUGCUAAAGACAAAAAAAAAAACAAAAACAAAAACAAAUUAAACCAUUAAAGUGUUGGUUAUGACAGACAAAAAAACUCAAUGACUAAAAAUUCACUCCUUAUAAAUUAUGGCGAAGAAGUACAGAAUCUCCACCAGUGAUUUGCUUUCAAAGGAAGGGGAACCCAUUUUCCUGGAUCUGCUUGUAAUAAUGACAGCACUCUUUUUUUCUCCAUUCAGGGAUGUACUUUUGUUACAGCAAGUACAAGUUCUUAAAAGAUUCUGGCACUAGUAAAGACUUUGAGCUUAAAUUUACCCUGAACUUGGACACGUACACUCAGUCAAAAGACACCUGGCUGGGCAUUGGUAAGCAAACAGCUGUCCUUUCUUUCCUUGCAAUAAUCACCAUAAGCUUGCAGGGCUGUAAGUAUUGUUAUCAACAGUGCUCUCAUUGUUGGAUUCUGAGUCAGUAGAACAAUGUUUAAGCAGAAAGCAUGAUUGAACAAUAGUUAUUGGAGAUCAACUUGUAAGAGGUAACUGAUUUGAGAGAGAUGUGGAGAACAGGAAUUGCAAUAUCACCCUUUUCCCCUAUUUCUUACUUUGCUUGUCUUCUACCCUUUGAAUUACUCCUUACUGAAAGUCUGUGACUGUAUUUAUAUGAUAUCAAGUUGUUGUGUAUUGCCAGGUAUUUUCCUGACUAUUUUGUUGGUCAUCCUCCUGUUGAUUGUUCUUGUCCUGCGCAAAAGAAUCCAGAUUGCUAUUGCCAUGAUAAAGGAAUCCAGCAAGUAUGUUGAGUAAUGGAUCUGUAUUCCAAUGGUUGGUUUUCACUUUCACUUGCAAAGAAUCCUUUUUUUGAAGCAUAAAGUAUUUCUUAGAUGUCUGCCUCAAAUCUAGAAAGUUAGGCAUAGACUUAUCUUGUAGUGGUAAAGAUAUAUCUAUGUGUUUCAUGGGUCCUCUAUCCCUGUUACUUCUACAUUUAUUCAAUGAUGUGUGGGUCAGUUAAGUAUUUUGAAAAGUUAAUACUGGGUUGAGAGUUAUUUUCCCUUGAGAUAAAUCAAAAGAUGAAGGGCUCUAAAUACAGGCCACAUUCAAAAAAGUUUCCUCACUUGGAGGCAACUCAAGGUUUUUACAAAACUCUACAUUUAAAUCAUAUUGCUUGUCAUUGAAUUGAUAUAUCUUGCCUAUUAUUUUGUAUAACAAAUAGAUUUAAGUACUCUUAGCUACAUUGUAUCUCCUUUUGGUUGUAAUUUCUUUGUUUUGACUUGUUAUUUCAAGAGCUGUUUCAGCAAUCAAGACAUCUUUGUUCUUUCCGAUUAUUCCAUGGCUGCUCCAGCUUGCUCUGUUUGCCUGGUUUUUGGGUGUUAAUGUGUAUCCUUCACAUAGGAAUGACAAGAAAGCUAAAGCUGAUCAAAUGGCCGCAUUUUAAUUACUGUAAUCAGACAAGCCUUUUUUCGUGUCUUUGUGGUAACUUGCUUCACCUUUACUGGAAAGUAUAGAGUGCUUUUUUAUUGAUUAUCAUAAAAAAACAAAGUAAUUACAAUGGCCAGUGGCCAGUCAGAAGAGGUACAAAGCCAAUAGGAACUAAUAAUAAAAACAAGUGAACUGCCUAAAGGGUGAGGAAGCGUGUAAACCAAGCCAUGAUUGGUGUCAGUUUUGCAUCUGAUUGGUUGAGAGAGUGAAUUUUCUUGACCAAUUAGAAAGCAAAGGAAAGAAAAGCUAAGGAAAUGCUGAAUUACUUUUGAUACUCAAUUGAAAAUUGCUCUGUUUUACAAUACAAGUUCACUCUGUUUGAAUGACUUAGAAAAUGAUUAGUUGACACCAAUGCACAGUCAGCACUGUGGCCUCUUGUCACAUCCACAACCACACCACAGCCACACCACAGCCACAUUACAGCCAUAUUUUAACUUUGUAUGUUGCACAACAGAAUGAAGAUCAUUGCCAUUUCUCUGCUAAUCUUAAUCAUAAAUUUUAUCACACCAACAGGUUAUCGUGCUUUUCUAACGUUGGUUUUAUCAUAAUGCAUUUGCUCUAAUGAACUUUGUCUCCAAACUAAGCCUCAAUAUCAGGUCACUUGAAUUUGUACUUGGUUACUACAUGUAUCAUACAAAAAGAGUUUUGUGUAGGAGACUGAUGUCAGUUAGGGAUAGCUUCCUAUAAGAGCUGCUGGUGUUAUGAUCCUUAAUUGAUAUGUAGUUAUUUGGUGACCAAUGGAAUACCUGAGUAUAAGGUAAUCGAUGUUCCCACAGGUGGUGAUAAAUACAACUUGACAAACGAGAGUAACUGUGACCCACAGGUAAGAAAUGCAGUCAGUGAUAAAGAUCAGUUUUGACUAGUUUGCAGUCUAGCACAUUAGCCACUUAAAACUUCAUCUUUAUCACUUCCAUCACUUUUAAACAUUGUUUUCGUAUCUCAAUAACAAGCCAUAACUUUUGAAGUGAUUAGGAGUCAAAAAACAAACAAACAAACAAACAAACAAACAAACAAAAACAAACCGAAAUGCUUGAAGUAAUAGACUUCUUUCGCUUGUAAGAAUACAGAGAACCUUUUUCAGUUGUUAGAGAAUUAAUCAACCAGGAUACGGAGUACUACCACAAUACUUCUCCUGGAUGGAUUGUUAGCCCACAAUAGACUACCUCCCAGCCUUUCCUCAGGUUUUGUUGUUAGUUCCCCUUUCUUGCAGGGAGAGGGAGGAGGUAGGCACAUCUCGAUUUCUCCCUAUUCGGGUUUCUAACCAACCAUUUGGGCCACAGCUUCUCGUACUUUCUAUUAUUGUAGGAAGUAGUGUGUUGUUUAUUUUAAACAUGUUAUAGAUACCUGUAAAUGAUGAAUUUAACCCCAAGCCCCCAAAUCAUUGAAGAGUCACCCUGUCCUAAAAACUUGCUCUAAAUAUUGUUUUUGAAUUAAGCAAUGAAUCUUUUCAGAAAGUUAACCGAUUCACAUUUGAAGUGUGAUUGGAAAUACGAGGAAUUUAGUAAUUUAUUUCGUAACCGUUUUAUUUUUUGUUUUUCCUCGUUUUUAGACUUUUGAAACUGAUCAUCCCAACACCAGUGCAAGUUGUGUUAUGGCUGGAUAUAAGGAAAAUGUGUAAGUGUGUGAGAUUGCGACUAGGCUUAACCUGUUUACUUGUGUUUUGUGUCGAAUGUGUACAUUUUCAUUUAAAAAGUUGGUUUUAGUCAUUGGGGUUUGCCACAUUCUUAUUAAUCAACUUAUUGCCAAUGCUGAGGUCACUAACGUUGCAAAAAUACAGUAACUUGUUGUCGCACUGAUCUGUGUUGUCAUUUUUUGUUUUGUAAAUAGUACUUAUUUUAUCGUCGCAUAGAUAGCCAACAAGCGAUCUAGAAAAGCACUAUUCACAUGUUAGGUAUACCGUAUUCAAUUGAUGAAACAUCGCCCUUGAUCAAGUACUGCGUCUUGCCAUGCAGCGCUAUUCAAUAAAUAAACCUAAAACACUGAUGCGACACAACUUUGUCUGUUUUCCUUGAAAAACGAUUUUUUUUUCUGAAAUAUCGAACGAUGCAGCUCUUUACCUUAAAUUCAGGCGGGAAAGGGACAUUUAAAUUAUAGUACACAUAGGGCAACCUAGUGCGAAGCGUAAUUCCAUUUUUCCACCGAAACGAGACAUGUCUUUCAUUUCACAUUUUCGUAUCGUAGUUUAUGGAAAUAUGAUGAACGCCGCCCCUGUAUCUGACUGGUGAAAAAACAAUUAAAUGCCUUGGCGCACAUACAAUGAAAGGUUGACAAGUGAUUGUUGAAAAUAGUUAAUGCUCUUCACAUUUACAUUUACCAUAUUACGAGCAUUCCCUCUCUACGAGGCCUAUAUGCUCGGAUAUAUGAUCACGAACUGUUUUUUCACAACUAGGGCACUGGAUCAAGUGAAUAGGGUAGUGAUGUUAUGGUAGACUACGAGCGGUUUCUCCUUUUCAAAGAGGUCCGUCGUGCGAGGAAAAAAAAGGAGCGAAAAAAAAAAUUGAUUUUAGUGCGCCGCGCGGCACUCUUGGAGUGAGGCUCACGUAAUGAAUCCAAAAAGAAGGGACUGCUCGUGGUCUAUUGUUAUGGCUACGUAGUUCUUUAAAGUAACCAUUAAUUGUUUCUUUUCACAGACAUCUGUUUCGUAUGCAAGUUUACCAUUUCUUUGGCUGGUUGUGGAUCAUGAACUUUAUCAUUGCCCUUGGUCAGUGUGCACUGGCUGGUGCAUUUGCUUCAUGGUAUUUUGCCUUCCACAAGCCGGAUGUAAGUAUAUUGGCCAAAUCAUUUUUAUGAAAUUUGUCUCCUUACUUAUUACGAAGCCGAAUUAUAGGUGCAGGUUUAUAAGUAGGGUUUUCAACUUAUUGAGACUGCUGACGGCUGAGGUCAAUUUGUGGUUGAAGCACUUUAGGAUGAAACAUAACGGAUCUUAGUCCAGAUAGAGAGAAAUUUGUCUUGGACAGUUUCAUGCAGUUCAUGAAUUUGUUUUUCCUUGCUAUUAGGAUGUUCCUUCACUCCCAAUCCUUAAAUCGUUCUGGCGCACCAUAAGGUAAUGUUCAUGUUGCUUUCUACAAGAUAGUGUCCAAUAUGUUUUGAACCUGAAAACUACCGCAUUACUAAGAUGUCCAUUGUCAACAAUAUUGUAGUAGGGUCUAUUCUAGAGCACGACUUCACGGGAUUCCUGCAAUGUGAAAGAAAUGCCGCAAGUUUAAAGGGCGCAAGGAAUCGUGCCCAAGGAAUCGUGCACAAAGAAAAAUACUUCUUUUUUUUAAAUUAAUAAUUGGAAGCCAUGACUGACAACAUGAUUUAUUCGAUAGCUCCUAUAUCGCCUGUAACUAUCUCAAUUGUCUGUCUUUCUCUUUAACUCUAAAAAUACAUUCAAAAAUUUUGGGGUACCCCUCCUUUGAGCCCCUUUCUUAAAAAAAGGGCCCUUAAAAUAAAAGGAAAGAGCCCAUUGAGGGCCCUCUUUGGCCAAUUUCUAGAAUAAACCUUUAUUUAGUAUACUAGUGUAGCUUUAAGGCUUAAUCAGUCUACUAAAGCAAUAAGAGAGAGAAACAUAUUUAUUUGUUUGAAAUUGGACGUAAUAAUUCUACCCUUGGCCCAAUCAUGACCGCUUUUGUUCAGACAUUAUCUAAAAUCCACCAAGUAAGAAGCCUACAAUACACCCUCUUCCUAUCUUCUUUGGGAAUUUUCCCCAAGAGACGAGCUAACUUCAAACGAUGUUUUUUAUCAGGUACCAUACUGGGUCGUUGGCCUUCGGAGCUGCAAUCAUUGCCAUUGUCCAGUUUAUCAGAGCUGUGUUGGAGUACAUUGAUCACAAAGUUAAAGGUACGUUUGAUUACCGUACAACCUCUUUUACAACUCUGUGGCUUUCCUCACACAGUUUUGUGAGACCUCACUCUGGCUAAAAUGGUGUGAUUUGAUAUUUUUUGAAAUCUUAGAGUCUGGCCAGGAUAGCAAGAUUGUCAAGUUCAUUAUGUGGUCAGUAUACACUUGAUUUUCAAGUUCACUGCCGUCAAACUCAAAUGUGUUUAGUUCUCUCGCCAAAUUGUCUCCCUCUCUAGAGUAAAGUUCUUAGUUACUUCUUUAAAUAAUUACUAUUUUUUUCGUUUUCUCUACGUGGGAACGAAAAGAAAGGACUGCUUAUUGGUUUUUUUUGUUUUCUCUUUCUUUUUCUCAUCAAAUUGGUAAAUUUCUGGAGGGAAAUUUUUUAAUGUGAUGAUUUUUUUGUGUGUAGCUGUUGCAAGUGCUGUUUCUGGUGUUUGGAAAAGUGCCUGAAGUUCCUCAACAAGAAUGCUUACAUCAUAGUACGUUGGAUUAUUAGUAGUCACUAUCUUAUUGCAUAAAUGUAUAAUGUUAGCUAAUAAAACUUAGACAGAAUGGAAUAAAAAAUAUAUCCGAAAUGGCGAAUCGUAAAACUUAUGCGUCGAUGGUAUUGGAGUUGUCUUUUGCAACGGAAAGGAUAUUUGAAGUCAAAAAAAAAUGUGACUCUUGCACUCUCUACACGAGAGUGAUGAUACGAAAUGGAAGAAGAACAUAUAAAGUUAAAGAUAAGAUAUGCUUAAACAGAUUUAAGCGACAGGUAAGACUGUAUGAUUAAAAUUUAAUUUUCAAAGAUUCACUGCCUCUGACCCAUCUACGUUGUCCUCAACAAACGUAAUAUUUGGUGUCAAGAUUGCUUAUCACUUGUUGAAAUGAAAAAAAAAAAUGAAGACUAUAUAACAAGACAGCGGUUUGAAAAGACAUCAUAUUAAGUUAAGAUUAGACCAAUAUGCAUACUCCUUUUUAUUAAACGUUCUGUUGUUUAAUGAAGAUUGCCAUCAAAGGAAAGAAUUUCUGCGGUGCUGCAAAGGAAGCCUUCAUGAUCCUGUUGGAGAAUGUUCUAAGGUAAGACAGACUACAUCAAUAGGUCACCUCCAAGCUCUACAGACUUUUCUCUUCAAAAUUAGAUCAAGCGUGGAACAUUUCCUCAAUGAUGUUAUUUCCACCAGUACGAAAAUAAUCAUUUUUAUUAAAGGUUUCCUGGCAUACUUUUUCUCGCUUUAAAACAGAGACGUAGGUUGUCUUGGAACUGUUUUUUUUUUGUGUGCUAUUUAGUGAUAGAGACUUAAGUGGAGGUCAAUGCAAUUGAAAUUCAACGUAAUGUGACGAGUGUCAAUUCUUUCCUUCAUAAUCAAAAAAAGGUUUUUUUGCCAAAAAACUGCGUGUUAAAAAAUUUUUAGAUGGGAAACUCAUCUUACAUAUUCCUUAUUUACAUGUUCACUAACAAAAUUGAGUUUAAUUGACUAUCAAAGGGGCUGUUAUGCAGCGUAUUUUCGUUACUGAUGUGCUUCAUACAUUUCUCUAGACUUUUAUACCACGCAAUACUUCUUGUGGAUUUUCUGGUUCAUAUUACCGUAAGAAUGUCCUAAUGUAAUAAUUGAUACUUUUUCUCAGGGUGGUAGCUGUUAACAGUGUGACGUCAUUCCUUCUGUUCAUGGGCAAGCUGUUAGUGGUUGGAAUUGUUGGUGAGUCAGUUUUUCUGCCUGAUUAACAUAAUUGUCAUCAUCCUCGAAUAAAUUGUCCUAGCCACUACUUGAUGUCGAUGAUCCUCUAAGUGGGGCAUGGAAAGACAGGUUGCGGCUUCACUGAAACGUUUUUUACUCUCGCCGAAACACAUUCUAAACAACGAAGCAGUUCUUUGCCCCAAAUAAAUGGUGUUUGAGUUACAAUAAAAUUGUACGUGAGUCACAGUUAGUCCUAAAUACUUUGGUUCCGUGAGAAAGUGACACAAGAUCGCGUUACAAUGUUUAUUUCAUAUUGUUAUUUUUCAGCGGUCUGCAGUUUCUUUUGGUUUGAUAAAAUAAGCAAAGAUGAUCCCGACACUCUUCAGUUUGAUGUCGUGCCAACCAUCGUAAGUAGACUAAGUGCAUUCAUUUGUCAUCCUCUGGAUUUCGCAGUGGACACUGACAAAUACUAAAAGUGCCUUUUGAAGACGGAAUCUUAAAACUUUUCUGAAAGUUUUUUGUUUAAAUGUUCCUUUUAGAGUAACUCACCGUAGCUUUGGACUUUCUCUGAAGUACUGUCAAGACGUUUCUUAAUGUGAAUUUGAAGCUCCGAAAUCUCGGUCGCUAACAUAUGAAUUCUAAACCAUCACAUCGACUUAAAAAAUUAUUGUUUUUGCUUCCAUUUAAUUUCAGGUGAUGGUGAUUUUUGCCUACGCUGUAGCCAUCCUGUUCUUCGAUGUCUAUGACAUGGCCAUCGACACCAUAUUCCUGUGCUUCUGUAAGUAUUCUAGAAUCCAGAAUACUUAAAAAACGUUUCAGGAGAUAGAUCUUGACGUGUUAAUGGACGGAGAAAACAAAAUAUAAUGAAACUAGGAAGACAACUAUGCAGUCGCCCGUUCGAACAAGAGAAGUUGGCGAGCGGACACAAAGGAUUGUGAACAAAGUUUUAACAGUCAUCGCGAACCCAGUUAACGUUUUCCUCUACUCAUUAAGUCAAAUCAUGAGACUGGGAGCAGUUUCGGAUGAAUUAUCACUCUUCGUUUGCCAAAUCGAAUUGUAUCGUAGUUUGUCGUUAUCGUGGUGUUUUUUAUGUGUUUGCGGAAGAAAGCCGUAAAAUUAGAGAAGGAAAGGAUCAAGAACUGGUUAUAAGUUUAGAGCACAUGACGCUCCGGAAUUCAAAUCCUUGUCACAGAGUUCGUAACGAGUUUUCAAGAGCUAUCUCCUUCAAUAUUUACGAAAAUGCUCUGAUUAUGUUUCAAUCCAAUUCGUUUUAGUGGAAGACAUCGAGAUGAAUGAUGGCAGUGCUGAAAAGCCUUACUUCAUGAGUGAUUCACUCAAAGGGAUACUGGACCUACAGAACCGCCCGCCCACGGAGGGGAAUGACGAAGGUCGGAAGUGAGCCAAUGGACUACACCCAAAAAACUUUUCAACUUUCUGGAUAUUUCUUAGUUUCCUCAUUACUACUAUAUGAAAACAACAAUCCAGAAUCUAUUUUCUAGAUUUUAUGUACUUAACAAAGCUAUCGUUCAUGGAAUCCUGAUGUGACUAAUAGGUGCAGUAACCCGACUGUAACUUAAAGUCAGUCGCGUUUUGAACGACUGGGAGCCAAAAUGCAGGGGAUUUUUGUCACUGACUCGAGCCUGGCAGCAUGUAAUAUAAUUCUAGGUUAAGCUGUUGUUGGAAAUAGUUUUUUUUGUGUGACUGAAGUGGGAGGUGCGCAGAAAAUUAGGAAUAUGACCAAAACUUAAACGUACGUCAUCGAAAUUGUAAUGCUUAACUUUCAUACCUACCUCUCUAAGCAGAAUUGUUUGUGUCAGUGGUAGUUUUCAAUUUUGUAUUGCUAAUAAAAGGCAUUUAAGAAUUACCAUAAUGACGUGUACCCUCGUACUAAAGUAAAGCACUAGCUCUUAAUGUAUUAGACUCAAUCCUUCUGUCCUUUGAGAGUAUCUGACCAUACUAAUCUAACAGCUCAAAGAAGGAAUGAAAAAUUAAAGCAACCACUCUUGUCAGAC